AUGCGUUACACCAUCUUUACUCUGGCCGCAGCUGCCUCAGUCGUUUCAGCGCAGUCCUCUUCCUCUCCAGCCAGCGCAUCUCCCACAGGCACCCUCAUUCCCGUUGGCGAGAAGUGCGACCCCAACGGCACACCAUGCGCACUCGGCGCCAACUGCUACGCAGUCAACUCCAUGCUCCAACCCGUCUGCGGCAACUUCCAGGCCUCAUGCAAAAACGACCAGCAGUGUGCUUUCAACACAUGCAACCUUGAGCAAGGUCUUUGCAACGGCUUCAUCGCUUCCUCCUCGGCCUCAUCAUCCUCGGCGUCAGCAACGAUCACCACUACACCGACUGCACCGGGCCCAAUGCCUGCUCCUUCAUCAACCAUCGUCGCCCCUGCUGGAUCUCUGCCCCUCGGUGCCGAAUGCAACCCUUACGUCAACCCAAGCCAAUGCGCGAACGGUGUGGACUGCUGGGCUAGCAAUGCCAUGUUGAUUGCCCGCUGCGGUAACUUCAACGCUGAGUGCUCCAGCGAUGCGCAGUGUGCCUAUAACACCUGCAGCAGCGGACUCUGCAGAGGUUUCCUGCCAUCCAGCGCUAUGCCUGUCCAGCCAUCCAGCGCCAUGCCCGUUCAGCCAUCUAGCAUGAUGAGCGCGGUGCACCCAUCCAGCAUGAUGAACGGUACCGUGCCCAUGCAGCCAACUGGCACCGGCGCUGCUAGACCUACCGGUAACGGAACUGCCACUUCCACUGGUUCUGUCGAGUUCACUGGUGCUGCAUCUGCCGACAACGUCGCUGGUGGUGUUAUGGCUAUUGUCUUCGGUGCUGUUGCUUUGGCUUUGUAG